AUGCGAAUCAAACUUUCUUUCAUUGCCUCGUGUGCUGCACUUCCCGGGUUGAUAGAAGUAAAAGAGUAUCGCUCUUCGUUCUCCCCGUUGUUGGGAGCACUCUCAAUACCGGGAGUCGAGGUGGAAGAAGACGACGCGGACGAGACGGAUUGUGGUGGAGUAAAGAAUUGUUCUUUGUCCGAAUCCGUCUCGGAGGAUGCAUGGCCGAUAAGGGAGUCCGACGGAGAAGCCGGGUCCGAAUCCGUCUCGGAGGAUGCAUGGCCGAUAAGGGAGUCCGACGGAGAAGCCGGAGUCGCCGGAGACUCUGAGCUUGAUGCGCCUGAUGUCCCCUCGCCGAAAGGGAUCAUCAUAUGGGUGAACUCCUCGCCUGUGAGCAGCGCUCGUAAAGCAAAGCCUACUCUCAAGGCAAGCCCUGCUGAGCAGCAGCAGCCCAACCCUCUUAGAGGAAAGGAUAGGGCUCGACCGCCCAGAAAGAACCCAACCUUUGAAAGUAAGGCAUGA